UCUAUAUAUAUAUAUAUAUAUAUACACACACACACACACACACACACACACACACACACACGCCUCCACGCCUCCAUAUAUAUAUAUAUACAGAGUGUACCUAAAAGGCCAGCGAAUGUGUUUCAAGCCCCUUUCCCUUUCCUUUAUUGUUUGUUUGCUUGUUGUUUGAAUAGAAAAUAAACAACAUUUAUAGUGGUAAAACUAAAAGAAGAAGAAGUAGUUGAUUACAAGUCUAGAAUCCAAGAGAGCUCCGUUUGAACCAAACAGUAAUACUUCUCCAUUGGUAUCCAUCCUUGUAAAAAGAUUACGAAAAGAGAGACUUUUCUUUUCUUUUUUCUUUUUUUUUUUUUAGAAAAAGUUUGGCUUUAUUUUAUUACAGCAUAGCAUAGGAUAGCACAUAGCAUGCGAAUUGGAUUGAUAAAGGUGAGGAGCGUCCAAGGCAGAGAGACACACUCACAUAAACAUAAACAGAUUUAGCUAUCAAAAGACAGAGUGAUAAGAGUAAAGAAUGACAAGCAAGUCGAAGAGGAUUGCAUGUGGAAAUCAUGAAGAAGAAUCGAAGAAGAAGGAGAGACAUAUAGUCACAUGGACUCAACAGGAGGAUGAUAUACUUCGGCAGCAGAUUAGCCAACAUGGGACUGAAAACUGGGCCAUCAUUGCAUCUAAAUUCAAGGAUAAAACCACAAGACAGUGCAGAAGAAGAUGGUACACCUAUUUGAACUCUGAUUUCAAGAAAGGCGGAUGGUCACCAGAGGAAGACUUGCUCUUGUGUGAGGCACAAAAAAUAUUUGGAAACAGAUGGACUGAAAUUGCAAAGGUUGUUUCAGGCAGAACGGAUAAUGCUGUGAAGAACCGCUUCUCCACUUUGUGCAAGAAGAGAGCAAAAUACGAGGCUUUAGCGAAAGAGAACAAAAACUCGCACAUCAACUUAAAUAACAAAAGAAUCAUAUUACAUGAUGGGUUCAACACGGAUGGAGCACCAGAAAAUGAUCCCCCAAUUAAGAAGAUAAGGAAGUCCCACAUCCCUAGUCUUGCAGGGAGUUGCAACUUUGGAGACAGAUCACACCCACAACGUGGAAAUCAGCAACCUAGACCUCCAUUUGCUGUGUUGGCCCAAAACUUUCACAAUGUUAACAUGGCUGCUCAGCAUCAUGUCAGCAGUGUCAAGGAGGUCCCCAUUGACGCAGUUCAAAGCAGUAGGAUUCAAGGAACAUUUCUAAAAAAGGAUGAUCCAAAGAUAAAUGCUCUAAUGCAACAAGCAGAGCUUCUCAGCUCGCUUGCAUCGAAAGUUGGUGAAGAAAAUACAGAUCAGAGUCUGGAAAAUGCUUGGAAGGUUCUCCAAGAUUUCCUGAACCGGAGCAAAGAAAAUGAUCUAUUUGGACAAAAAAUCUGUGACAUUGAUUUUAAACUUGAAGAUUUUAAAGACUUGAUAGAAGAUCUAAGGAUUAGCAAUGAUGGAAGUCGACCAUCUUGGAGACAACCUGAUUUAUACGAGGAGUCUCCAUCAAGUUCUGAAUACAGUACAGGGUCAACUCAUUUGCCAUACACAGCCCCUGAUAAAACAGAACCAACUCAAGCCGGUGUACUGCAUAAGGAUAUUGAAAUUGAAUUGCAAAUGGUUCAUAUUGAUGAGGGAAUAUUUGUGGGUGCAAGUGACAAAGAAAUUAUUUCCGGUGCAAAUAUAACCCAAGUGGAGAUGUUUCCAUCCUGUGAUGAGCAAACAAAAAAUGACAUAAUUGUUUCUGCUUCAUCAGGCACAGAGUUCAGUUCUCCUCUUCAAGUUACCCCGAUUUUCAGAUCCUUGGCAGCAGGAAUUCCCAGCCCAAAAUUUUCAGAGAGUGAGAGAAACUUCCUACUAAAAACACUUGGAGUGGAAUCUCCUUGUCCCAAUCCAGGCAUCAAUCCUUCACAACCACCACUCUGCAAAAGAGCCCUUCUGCAAAGUCUAUAGCAAACCUCUCUGAUAUAUCUGAUAUAAAGAACAUGGUCUAGCCCAUCAUAUCUGGUCUUUAAUUGCCUGGGACCGUAUAACAUUUAUUGAGUUGUGUCUUCUCUUGUUUACUAUCAGUUCCUCGGAUUGCAGCUAUCAUGGCCUGAAGUUUUAUAAAGAGGCAUAUUAUCUGCAUUCCAAGACAGGACACCCCAUGCCGGAAUGUUGCGGUGCAUUCUAGCAACUCGGACACAUCUAACAACGUGAUCUGAGGUCGGUUUUAUUUUUGCCUACUAGAAGAGUACUACCCUAAUACUCACAUAAAAACCAGUGUGCUUGUUAAUGAGUGUCAUUCUUUUGUUUGUCUUGAUUUGUUUUCGAGUGUUCUAUCUUCUCAUCCAGUUUUUGGCAUUUGAUUUGCCAUCUGUACAGACCCUUCUAUGUAAGUCCGUAGUCGGAGUGUAAUUAUAUACAGGCAACUCGCCUACAUAUGAUUAAAGAAAGGGAAAAGAAAAAAAAAGAGAGUAAAGGAGGAUUAACCAGCUGAUUGGAUUCCUAUUUUUUUGUUUUUGGGUGUGCUAAGGGUAUAGAAUAAGUUUUCUGUAUUUCUAUUUCCUAAUGUAGUAACUAUAACUUGUGUGAUCGCAAUGGAAAUUGUUCUAGUUUUUGUGUGCA